AUGAGUGACCUAGAGCAUCCUGCCGUCCACGUUGACGACUCGUCUUCGUCCGUCGAGAAGAAGCAUCUCAACCACGACGUCGUUGCCACCUAUGAGGUCGAUAUCGCUGCACAACUCGCCUCGAGCAACGAUUUUGUCCUCGAUCCAGUGGAGGCCAAGAGGGUUCGGCGGAAACUUGACUUUAACAAACCUGUAAGCGUCUACCGUGUCCAGUCCAGACCGCCGGCCAUGACCCACGCCACCCCCAGGAUGCAAUUUGCGGACAAGACAACACUUGGCCAGUCUGCUGUCCUCGGUCUGCUGGACUCUCCGAAUGCCUUCCUGACGCAGAACCAAUUCAAUUGGCUCGGGACCAUCUUCUACCUGUUCUACCUCGGCUUCGAGUUCCCUCAGAACUACGCUCUCCAACGCUUCCCGGUCGGUAAAUGGGUCAGCGUCAAUAUCCUGAUCUGGUCCAUUGCACUACUGUGCCAUGCCGCAGCAAAGAGCUUUGGGGCACUGUUCGCGUGUCGUAUCUUCCUUGGUAUAUGCGAGGGUGCGAUCACACCUGGGUUCAUGAUUGUCACCUCCAUGUUCUACACACGCCAGGAGCAGACGCUACGUAUAGGUUAUUGGUACUUUAUGAAUGGUACUGCGAUUAUCAUGCUUGGGCUUAUUGCGUAUGGGACCUUGCACAUUCGAUCGAGCGUUCUCGAACCGUGGCAAUGGCUGAUGCUCAUUUUUGGGAUCAUCACAUUUGUCGUUGCAAUUUUGUUCUGGUUUAUGUUCCCAGAUUCUCCCGCUAACGCGUGGUUCCUCACCCCGGAAGAAAAGAUGAUCGUAGUCGAGCGUAUCAAGGUAAAUCAGGCUGGUGCAGAGAACAAGCGGUUCAAGAAGGAUCAGCACGGUGAUUGA